GCCCCGCACGACCACUAAGUGUUUGUUCUGUCGCGUCGGCCUGGCGCAGCUACUACAAGCUCGUACUACGCUUGCAAAAAAGAUCUAAGAAGACGUUCUUCUGGGGGAAAAGAGCAGCUGGGUCAUGGUUUUUCGCAAAUAUUAGGAGCUUCAUGGAAGAAACCAAGAUUUGCGCAGCUCUUCUAACCAUGGUCAUCUAUGCUAUCGCCUUGCCCACAAGCCUGAACGAGCCCUCAGGCAGCCCUCACAUGAACUGGAUGAAGGGUGUGGCAUUAACCAGAAAAGAAACCCGAGCACAAGAAGCUCAACAAAAAGUGCCUUGCGAAACAGAUGGAGCACCCUGCAGAAAAGGGGUUUGGCAAGGCCAAUGUUUCUAUGGUGAAUGCGUUCAGGAAUAUAUCGGCGCCCCCAAUAGCGACAAGGACGACGAAAACGAAGAACUCUGCUUGAAGUACAAGCUAAACACGACGGUGAACAAUGCGGUGACAACUUGCUCUUAUUGGUGCUCAGAAGGGUCAACGCCAUACAAUGUUUAUGUCCUGAAUGGGAUAUUGUGUGCUAAAUCCGAAAACACCAACGGUAUCUGCAUGGACGGAGAGUGCGACACCGAGCAGCAGCUCACGAUGGCGGUUUUAUACAAUCCCACGCCCAGAAAGCAGAGCGAUGAACUAGCCUCUGGAAUUACGAGCCUAUCACUUUCAACCAAAAGCAAUUUUACGCACAGCACUACCAGUUCCUUUGGCGUGACCUUCCAAACAACGACGAACUCCAAUCCUCGAAAUAGCGAAGCCGUAACGAAUGUCCAAUAUACGAAAGGUAUUAACGCAGCAACUAAGCUCGAAGGCACACGUCCAGUUGAAGUAGCGUAUACAACCAGAUUGCCGUACGUUAUAUUCACCGACUUCUUUCAAAAAUUUGCAACUGCGGGAGUGCCGCUAGAGUGAAAUACCCUUUCACAGUGACAAAAUUGAGUGUAACUGAACAGUAGGCCUCUUUUUGACUCCUUCCGCUAUUCCAAAUGCUAUUUUUUGUCUAUAUAUGAUAUAUCCCGGUACUAGUUCUUAGAAACAUCAGCUGUUGCCUUGCCUUGGGUUUUCGCCAACAUUUUUAAAUAGAGUCGGAUAUCUUAAGCUAGCGCAACCUUAAAAGACAGAGCUAUUUGUGCUAAAAGGUGUGAUCUUCCCAAUACGAUGACCCUGCAAUUUGCCCUGCCAAUAGUGUUGAACAAAUAUCAAAAUAGUGAUAGCCGCAUAGAUAAGCUGACACCUCAUGAGCAUAAAAUAUUUUCGAACGUACAAUGUUUGCUUCUCCAUUUCUUGUUUCUGUUUGAAUACGGCUAUAUUGGCGUAAUUUUAUCGUUGCAACUUGGGUAUUUCUAUCCUCUCAUUUAUUGUAUGUUCCGUUACUCGCGUAUGUACAAUGCAUUUCAAUUUUCGCUCGCUGACUGCGUUUAGCUUCUUCUGCCACGUAUGACCCACGAAUGUAUUUCUAUUGGGCCUAAGGCGCAAUAGUGCUGAAGUCUUGUAGCUUUCGGCCUGUGGCCCUUCUCUUUUUUGUAUGGGAAAAAUAAACAAUAUUAUCAGAAACUUA